CCCCCCCCAAACAGUGUACGCAGUAAUGGCCAUGUAUGGGAUGUGCUCUAGGUGCUCUAGGUACUUGGGUAUGUGCAGUGCAAUGCCGUAGGGCUAUCUACGUAGAGGUUAGUGGGUGCUUUCUUGCCGGCGUGCUAUACGGUGCUAAGUCCGAGAGCUGCCCCUACCCCGCCGCCGCCAAAAACGUCACCUUGCUACCAUUGCCCCGCCAGAGUCACGUCAAUCCAACUCAUCUAUUCUUCAACCCCCCUCCCAGAGCUCCCUUUCCCCAAUUCCCCCUCUCUCCAUCUACUCCAUUGACUGUACAGAGCAACACACCUUCGGUAUCGGCCAACCAAGUUCACUGCCGCAAUGGUUAAGCACGGAGAGCACGAGUACCUUUGCAGCGAGGAGAAGCGGUUGAAGGAGGACAAGGAGAGGAAGAAGUAUUGGAAGAGAUGGGGACCGUACCUCAGCGAACGUCAAUGGGGAACCGUGAGAGAGGACUACUCGGCCAACGGUGAUGCCUGGGCACACUUUCCUUUCGAUCAGGCGAAAUCUCGUACCUACCGCUGGGGUGAGGACGGUAUUGCCGGUGUCUCCGAUUCGCAUGCGCUUCAAUGCAUCUCCUUUGCGUUCUGGAACGAGAAAGACGAUAUCUUGAAGGAGCGACUUUUCGGUCUGGCCAAUCCCGAGGGAAACCAUGGAGAAUCCAUCAAGGAGAUCCACUACUACCUCGACAACACGCCCACGCACAGCUACAUGAAGUAUCUAUACAAAUAUCCGCAGAAGAAGUUUCCAUAUGAAGAAAUUCGUCAGGAGAGCAGGAAUCGCGGCCGAGAUGUGCCUGAAUACAACAUUCUGGACACCGGAGCCUUCGCUGAUGACCGCUACUGGGAUAUCUUUAUCGAGACGGCAAAGGAUACCGACGAUGAGGAGGAGAUUCUCUUCCGUGUCACGGCAUACAACCGGGGUCCGGAGGCAGCACCUCUCCACAUCAUCCCACAGGUUACUUUCAGAAACACUUGGGCCUGGGGCCACGAGGGACCCGAGAAGAAGCCCAAUAUCAAGGCGGAAGGCGACUUCAUCGCCAAAACAAAGCACUGGAAGCUCGGCGAACGUGUCGUCCAGCUAUCACCGUCCCCCGGUGUCAGCCCGGAAUCUUCGGAUGUCAUUCCCAAGUUGUUGUUCACGGACAACGAUACCAACUAUAAGGGCCUCUACGGUGUCGACAACAAGACUGACUUUGUCAAGGAUGCGUUCCACCGCCACAUCGUUGAUGACGAGAAGGAUGCUGUCAACCCAGCUCAGACCGGUACUAAGGCGGGUGCGUGGUAUGCCUUCGACGAGGGUGAGGGUGUGCCCCCGGGAGGGUGUGCGGUUGUUCGAUUUAAGCUCUCCAGGAAGGUUGAGACCCGCCAGUUCGCGGACGAGAAAGGUGGUGUCCAGAAUGAAAUCGGCAUCGACGAAGAGCUGUUCGACGAUAUGUUCGAGCUCCGGCGUUAUGAUGCGGAUGAGUUCUACUGGCGCAUCUCGCCCCUGCCAAUGACCGAUGAUCUUAGAAAUAUCCAGAGACAGGCGUUCGCCGGUAUGCUCUGGACCAAGCAGUUCUACCACUUGAUCUGGGAUCAGUGGGCGAAUGGUGACCCCACUCAACCGCCGCCACCCCCCGAGCGAAAGAAGAUCAGGAACGACAAGUGGAGGCACAUGUACUUGGAUGAUAUCCUCAGUAUGCCGGAUUGCUGGGAGUACCCCUUCUUUGCCGCGUGGGAUACCGCGUUCCACUGCAUUCCGCUUGCUAUGAUCGAUCCCGAUUUUGCGAAGAAGCAGUUGGAUGUGUUGACCAGAGAGUGGUACAUGCAUCCCAAUGGUCAGAUUCCGGCGUACGAGUGGAACUACGGAGACGUGAAUCCGCCAGUUCAUGCUUGGGCCACUUUCAGAAUCUUCAAGAUUGAGCGCAAGAUGUACGGUCACGAGGAUCUCGAUUUCUUGGAGCGUGUUUUCCAGAAGCUCUUGCUCAAUUUUACCUGGUGGGUCAACCGCAAGGACUCUGACGGAAACAACGUUUUCGAGGGUGGUUUCCUCGGUCUCGACAACAUUGGUGUCUUUAACCGUUCCGAAGCGCUCCCUGGUGGUGGUACUCUGGAGCAGGCUGACUCCACUGGAUGGAUGGCCUUCUACUCGCUGAACAUGUUGAACAUUGCUCUCGAGCUGGCCAAGCAUCGCCGCAUUUACGAGGACAUUGCAAGCAAGUUCUUCGAGCACUUCAUCUUCAUCAGUGAUGCCAUGACCUACCGCGAUGGCGAGAAAGAGAAGAGUCUGUGGAACGACAAAGAUGGUUUCUACUACGAUGCCAUCUCCCGCGGCAGCGAAUAUUCUCAGCAGAUGCCCGUGAAAUCGCUCGUCGGAUUGAUUCCGCUGUUCGCGGUUCUCACCCUCGAGCCGCAAACUCUCCAGAAGUUCCCAGAAUUCACUAAGCGCCUCGACUGGUUCAUCGAGAACAGGAACGAUGUUGCGGAGCGAAACAUUGCCAGUAUGCGGAGACGUGGAAAGGGUGACAGACUAUUGCUUGCCCUCGUCAGCAAAGACAGACUUAAGAGAAUCCUGGAGAAGAUGUUGGAUGAGGAUGAGUUCCUGAGUCCAUAUGGAAUCCGGUCGCUCUCGAAGUACCACGACAAGAACCCAUACUCCAUCAACGUUGAGGGUCGCGAUUUCACGGUCGACUACGUUCCCGGAGAUUCCAAUAGUUCCAUGUUCGGAGGAAACAGUAACUGGCGUGGUCCCAUCUGGCUCUGUGUCAACUUCCUCCUGAUCGAAUCUCUGUUGCGCUUCCACAUGUUUUACGGAAGUAAAUUCCAGGUCGAGUGUCCCACCGGGUCAGGAGACUUCAUGCAUCUGGGCCAAGUCGCGGAAGAGCUUCAGCACCGUCUGCAGCAUAUCUUUGCCCGUGACGACUUUGGUCGCCGUGCCUGUAACGCUGGAAGCGAAAUGCUCGACCACGACCCCAACUGGCGCGAGUACGUCUUUUUCCACGAGUUCUUCCAUGGAGACACUGGAAGCGGUCUCGGUGCGUCCCACCAGACCGGAUGGACCGGAUUGAUCGCAAAGAUGAUCCACGACUCCGGUGUGAACUGUCGUCUGCCGCAUACGCCCCGUACUCCCGGCGCCGCUGCUAACCACUACUUCGACGACAUUUUCUCACGGGUUACUAAGAAGCCCCGUCCGUACAUGGGCCGUCGCCACAGCACGGCGAGGAGCAUCGACGCCAGGAGCGAUAUCAACGAGGAGGAAGAUGAGGAGGAGCGCAAGGCUAGGGAGCGUGACGACCAGGAGGUGCUGCAGUACGUCAACAACCGCCUCAAGCGUGUCAUGAGUGUCAGCGGCAAGAGCGAAGCUGGUGACACCGUCGGCUCCGAGGAUGAGUUUGAGGAGCAACUAGAUGAGGCGUAAACUGUUUGAUAAGUGGGGGUUGCGUAUUUGGUGUUGCAAUUGAUUUUUUUCUGUAUCUUUUUCCAUCUGCAAUUUAUUCGAUACAUUUCCUAAGGACUCGGGAAGGAAGGAAUUAAGGCCAUGUACGUGAACCGUGA